AUGGACAAAUUCUUCUUUGUUUCUAUACUAGCUUUGCUCAUAGCAGCUGAUGGAGUUGCAGGAAGCAUGAUGUGUGACAACAUUGGCAUGCUUGAAGAACUUAAAAGCCUGGAGUCUUUAGACAUAGAAGAAGAAGCAGAGGUAGAACUUUCUGACAUCUCUUCAUUGAGAAGCGAGCACGGUGGAAAAGUUCUUGUUAAUAUUGAUAGCUUUGGUGCUGCUGGUGACGGAGAAUCUGAUGAUACUGAGGCUUUGCAAAAAGCAUGGGGAGUUGCAUGCUCUACACCAAAAUCUGUUUUGUUGAUUCCUCAAGGUCGCCGUUACCUAGUUAAUGCAACAAGAUUCAGAGGGCCUUGUGCAGACAAUCUCAUCAUUCAGAUUGAUGGUACAUUGGUUGCCCCAGAUGAGCCUAAGAACUGGGAUCCAAAUCUGCCACGGGUUUGGCUUGAUUUUUCCAAAUUGAAUAAAGCUGUUUUCCAAGGUUCUGGAGUUAUUGAUGGCUCAGGAAGUAAAUGGUGGGCAGCAUCUUGCAAAAAGAACAAGUCAAAUCCUUGCAAAGGUGCACCAACAGCAUUUACGAUUGACACAAGUACAUCCAUAAGGGUGAAAGGACUGACAAUCCAGAAUAGCCAACAGAUGCAUUUUACAAUAUCACGAUGUGAUUCUGUUAGAAUUAAUGGAGUUAAAGUGUCAGCACCUGGAGACAGUCCAAACACUGACGGAAUCCAUAUUAGUGAAUCAACAAAUGUCAUAAUCCAAGACAGCAAAAUCGGAACAGGUGAUGAUUGCAUAUCAAUUGUCAAUGCUAGCUCUAAUAUCAAAAUGAAGAGAAUUUAUUGUGGACCAGGACAUGGAAUCAGCAUAGGAAGUCUUGGCAAAGACAACUCAACUGGCAUCGUCUCGAAAGUGAUUUUGGAUACAGCAGUUCUCAGGGAGACUACCAAUGGUCUCAGAAUUAAGACUUGGCAGGGAGGUUCCGGAUAUGUUCGAGGGGUGCGUUUCCAGAAUGUGAGAGUGGAGAAUGUAUCCAACCCCAUUAUCAUAGACCAAUUUUACUGUGAUUCACCAUCUAGUUGUCAGAACCAGACAUCAGCUGUGGAGAUAAGCGAGGUGAUGUACCAGAACAUUAGUGGCACUACAAUUAGUGCUAAGGCCAUUAAAUUUGACUGCAGUGACACAAGCCCAUGCAGCAAACUAGUCCUUAGCAACGUGGACUUAGAUAAACAAGAUGGCACGGUUGAAACAUAUUGCCACUCAGCUCAAGGUUUUCCCUAUGGGGUGGUGCACCCUUCUGCUGAUUGCCUUAGUUCCACCGACAAAAUCUCUCAAGUUGCAGAAUCAACUAUGGUGGAGGAUAUUCGUCACACUGAACUAUAA